AUGGCGCACUCGGACCCGCAAUUGGUGGGACAAGUCGUGGGCGAACCGGACGCAACUGCGCAACAAGUGCUGCGGGAGUACGCCAAUCUCUUUGCGUUCCAAGGGGUGAGCUUCGACGUGGCUCUCCGCGUCUACUUGGGCCGAUUCGAGCUGCCCCACGAAGCGCAGAAGAUCGACCGCAUCCUCCAGGCGUUUGCCCGAGCGUACUAUAUGAGCAAUCCAGACAGCUCCGAGUGUCCGUCGGAAGACGCAGCGUACACGUUGGCGUUCUCUGUGCUGCUGCUGAACACCGACGCGCACCACCCGAACUUGGCGCGCAAGUUCAAAAUGACGCGAGCCGACUUUGUACGCAACUACCAUCGACUGGGCACAGGCGAAAGCGGCUCGGCGAGAGCUGAGGUGCCCGAUGUGUAUCUCGGGCAGUGCUACGACCUCUUUGUGGUGGACAGCAUUCGGCCCAUCGAGCAGAAACCGACGGCGCUGUUGCCGGACGAAGUCGAGCUCGAGUUUCCCGAGACAGCGUUAGGGCUGGAGAUCGAAACGUCGUUUGAUGGUCGGACGGCCGUCGUCAAGAGGUACGCUGGCAACCGACACACAUGCAGCAGCAAACGAAGACAGCGGCCGUCAAGCUCAACGUCAUCGUCCGCGUCGGGCAGCAGCAGCAGCAGCUUCUUGACUUCCAGUGCCAGUUUGUUCGCCGCUGGAAGCAGCGCCUUGGCCAACCUCUUGGCAAGAAUAGACCCGGAGCCCGAGACGUCAAUCGAAGGCUGGGUGAUCGUAGCAGUCGGCGACGAUAGCACCCGUCAGAUCGGCUACAACCUGUCGCGCUACUUGCUCAAGACCGCGCCACGACCCGUUCUGAUCCGUUUCUGCGAACCCAGCGUCUACUUUGCAUCACUCGUCUGA